AUGGGCACCAACUCUUUCAAGCUUCCUCACAAUCAAGCCACUAUCAUCAAAUCUUCUAUCAACUUCCAACCUGAUCUCGAGACCUACAUCGCCAAGAUGCAUCUCCCAACUCUCAUCGGCUCUCUCGCCCUGAUAGCCAACACCGCUUUCGCGGCCGACAUCGUCAUCAACAACAAGUGCCACUACUCUGUUUGGGUCUCAACCGUUCAGAAGGAUGCAACUCCGCUGAAGGAGAUUCAGCCCGGCGACACAUCCACCGAGGCACAGAAACCUGCUGUCGACAACGUUGGCGUCAGCGUCCAGGUCAUCAAGCAGGACGCCUUUUCGAAGGAGCCAAUCUUGAACCUACAGUACUCUUUGAAUGGAGAAGAUCUGUGGUACAGCAUGAGCAACACACCGAGCAACGACCCGAACGCUUUAGCCUUCAAAGACGAGAAGCUUCGCAUCCACAACACCGACGGUCUGCCUUUUACGGAGAUUGUUUGGGUCGGCAAUCACAGGCCCGAGGGCACUGAAUACUAUCACGGCGACGCAACCCUGACGCUUGAGCUGUGCGACGACUUCGCAAGACGCUUCAGAGCUUAA